GUUUGAGGAGGCUGUCCCUAAGUUGUUGAGUACAUAAGAGGCUCCCUGUGUGCGACCCUCUCAGCAUUCAAGACCAGAGUGUGAGGGGAUCCAACUAUUCUGCCUUUCAGCUCAGCAGAGCUCAUCUUACUACUUCAACUCUACAGUCUUAUCUGCCUUCCUUUGCUGGCCUGAUUUGCUUCCCGGGGAAACUUAACAGGAUCAGAAGAGGCUGCCGAGCGUUCAUUGAGCAGUGGAGCAGUCAGUGGCAGCCAGAGUCAUCAUGGCCAUGUCCCAGGAAAGGAGUGUGUGUCUGGGGCUCUGGGUGCUCCUUUUGCUUGGUGCAGGCAUGGAGGAACGUGUGGAGGGAUGUAGCUGCAACCCAGCACACCCACAACAGCUCUUCUGCAGUGCUGAGAUCGUGAUAAGGGCAAAGAUCUCUGGAGAGAAGAUUGUGUCGCCUAGCAACAGCUCCUCACCUUACAUGAAGAUGAUCCAAUAUGAAAUCAAAAUGAUCAAGAUGUUCAAAGGGUUCGACAAGGCCAAGGAUAUCCAGUAUGUGUACACUCCAGUCUUCUCCUCGCUGUGUGGAGUCAAACUGGACUCCAACAAUAAAGCAGGGUAUCUGCUCUCAGGAAGUAUGUGGAGUGAUGGGAGGAUUUCUAUUGGCCAGUGUGACCUGGUGGAGUCCUGGGACAACUUAUCGCUCUCACAAAAGAAGAAUCUCAACUACAGAUACCAGAUGGGCUGUGAGUGCAGAAUCAACACCUGUUACACGGUGCCGUGUGCGUCUACAGGAGAAAACGAGUGCUUGUGGACUGACUGGCUGCUGGAUAACAGCCUAAAUGGGGAGCAGGCUCGGCAGUACGCCUGCAUCCGCCGCUCUGACACAACCUGUAGCUGGUACCGGGGUGGGCCCCCUCCUGAGAAAGACUUCCUGGACAUGACUGACCCUUGACCUGUAAUCCUGAAAUUCAUGUCACUCCAUUUGACUCCUGCAAUGCCUCAAGUCAGAAACAUUUCCUGCUUUGGCUUACAGUAUGUAGCUCCAAUUUGGCUGCCGAUGUUAAUGUGUUACAUAGCGACUGAUUUCACUGAAAAAUUGGCUGAUUUUAUAUGUUAGGGAGCAUAACCCGACACUGAGCUUCUGUUUUAGCAGGGCUCAGGUGGUUGCUAGAGCGAUGCUAGAAACAUUUUUCAUAAACUGCAGGGGCUUUCAACAUUCCUCUGAGUCAUUUUCUCGCUCUCACACAUUCCACUUCACUUGCUGUUUUCCACAGAAUAAGAACAGCAGCAGACCAUCCACUUUCUGCAUUCCCUUCUGAGGGGCCUGGCAGUAAAUGCAUAACCUUGGCAAAUAUUGAAGACCUCAAAUUUGUUUAAGCAUAAAUUACAGCAGUAACAUAGGUUAUGCAUUUACUGCAGAUAAAUAAGCAUUCUAAUAAAGGCAGGUAAAUGAAAAGUACAGAAAACCUGCCAAAUUUCCCCCCAUGUAAUGCCACAACCUUGCAUUGCAAAGUGUGCUUUACAUACUUUAAACCAAUCUUCUGUGCACUUAACAUUUGCAGACACACUGCAGCAGCACUGCUACCUUUCCCCUACACAUACUGGUGAACUAUUUACCUUUAUAUAUUCUCAAAUAACUGCCCCAUGCAAAUGAAAAUGCACUGUAUAUACAGUAAAUAUAGAGCAAAGCAACCAGACAUUCCCGGAUUAAAUAUAUUUUGACAAAAUCUGACACAGGAAUUAUAUACAGUAUGACAAUAAUUCUUGAGAUUGUAAAUAUUGUACUUCAUUGAGAAUUAACAUUUUACAGGCUAACCGGAUCUUGUCUUAGCAUAGAGGUUCUUGUGGUUUUAGUGUGUUUUAGUUUCCUCGGUUGAACUCUGUACUAUUUCCUGUGCCAAAAAUCUAAUCCAGCGCUUUAACAACAGCACUGCCACCUGUAGACGCAAAGCCACCUCCUCCUUAGAGGACAUAUGUAACAGGACAAGGUUCAAUUCACUUUUUUUUUAACUCCUUAAAUGCAGGAAGUGGAUUCUCCACGAUGUUAAAAUACAAGAAAAGAUAGUAAAAUAUUUGGCACAAGAAAGAAAUAACUGAUAUUCAUGACUGAGCUAUAAUUAGUGAUUAAAGUGUUGUUUUUAUAGGCAUUAUUUAAUAUAAUGACUCAACAUGAAUUGAAAGGCCCAAAUGUGAAUUGACCCCUGUCUUGUUACUGGAUUACUUCACUGAAGUCAUACAGACUAAAAUGCAGGAUGCGCCACUAUUUGAAGAUUAUAUUAAGAGUCUCAUUCAACAAUAAAACAGUUUCAUUCAACCUGCACAAUGCAGUAAUUUGUAUGAUAUAUUUUGAAAUGUGUUAAUAAUUGACAUAACCAAUAUGAUUAUAAUGCAUCAUAACUGUAUGGCUUUAGUGAAGUAUUAUCAAACAAUUUCAUGUUUGUUUUUUACUGAAAGAAUUGUUUGGGUGUGUAUUUAUGUCUCUGUUUCUGUCUAAAUAGAGUUUUCUAUUUCCA